AUGGACGAACCCCCGGACGUCGCAACCCUCGUCGCCGGCCUCUCAGCGGAAAGCGAGAGCGCACGCAAAUACGCAGUCUUCAAACUCAAGGGCCUGCUGGGCGACCCUUCGUUCGCGGAUGCAUUUAUCCAGGCGGACGGACUGCCGCCGCUGCGGCAGGCGGUGCUGAGCACGUCGGGCAACACGCAGGCGUAUGCGUUGGGGAGUUUGGAUGCGCUGCUGGAGCUGGAUAUGGGGUGGGAGUGUUGCGAUGAGAUGGUUUUGGAGAAGGCACUCUCCCUCGCCAUCUCCCAUCCGCUCGUCAACAUCGUCCGCAACGCCCUGACCCUCAUCGUGCUCGUCGUCUCGAGACCUUUAGCCGCUGGACAGCAAGAUGGGGAAGAGCCGGUGUUUGGGUUCCGGGCGUUGAAGCCUGCGCUGGAGAACAAUCCGGGGUUUCUGGAGUCUUUGGUGCAGAGGUUGAGUGCGUCGGAUCAUACGCUCUGCGCCAAUGCCUUGCAAUUGGUCAAUGCUCUUAUGAGGGAUGCGGUGGUGAAUGGCGGAGAGCAGGAAUGGCCCAAGUUCAUCAAGAGACUGCAAGAUCUGGGUGUGAUUGGGGGAGUGGGCAUGCUGAUGCGCGGGGAUGCGGCUGGCGAUGUGGACAGUCCUCUGUCAUCGGCUAUUAUCGAGUUUCAGAACUUGACCAAGAUGUUGUUGAGGAAGUGGAGGGAUGUGAUGGUGAAUAUGGAACUACCGGAACAUAAACGGGCCUUGAAGACGAUCCAUCUCUUGAGUAAUCCGGAUCCAUAUAUCCCGCCGCAAGGCGUGAAUGGAGCCAAAGUCAGGAAACACCACCCGGAGAAAUGGCGACGGCUAGGAUUCGAGACGGAAAGUCCAGCCUGGGAGUUCGACGAGACGGGAUAUCUGGGUAUGAUGGACCUGGUCGAAUACUGCCGCCGAAACGAAGACAUCUAUCAAAAGAUCCUCCUCGAGCAAUUCGUCCUCCCCCGAGAACACCGCUGCCCGUUGGCACGAGCAAGCCUGAGCGUCACGCUCAUUCUCUACGAACACUUCGAAAUCGACGACGGCACCGCCUCUCCCGACCAGCCCUCCUACCGGAAUAGCAUGUACGAGCGCGCAACUCAACAAUCCGUCGAUAAGCUGUACAAUCCCCUCCUCCUCCAAUGGGGCCGUCUGCACACGUCCGCGCUAAACGCCUUCCUCCGCCUCUGGAAAGACGCGGGCGCGGAGCAGGAAGAUUUCUACAAGAUCGAAGAAGUCGUGCGGAUUCUCGUCGAGCGGAUCGUGGGGUCCGCGGGGAGGAAGACGGACGUGGGGAAAGUGGAGGAGAAGUUGCGGGUCGUGAGUCUGGAGACCGCGCGGCGGUGGCAGAUGGAGAAUCUCAACGAUGUGUAUCAGGAUGCGUGGGGCCCGCAUCUGGUCGAGGUGAGGGAGCAGUUACAUCUCGAGAGUCUGCAGUUCAUGAAGGAGCAGCGGAUUCGGUGCUUGUUGAAGGGGAGUUGGUUCCCCACGUCCACGGGCAGCAAAAAUGAUGAGGGCGGUACUGCUGCGUGGCGUUAUGUGAGGCUGAGCCAUAAUCGGCGCUGGCUGCAUUAUCAAAACUAUCCCUCUAGCAGGAGGAAGACUGGCGCUGAAGAAGUCCCUCUGGCGGAGUUGGCGGAGCGCAUCGAUUUGCAUGCCGUCACGUCGGUGGAUAGUAACGUCUCGGCGGCCGAGGCGGCGCCUCUCGCGAUGCAGAUGUUGCAGAACGGGAACGACAGUACAGAGACGCUGAAAGAGUCUGCGAGGGAAACAUCCAAUAAUACGAACGGCAAUGCCACGACGACGAAGAUUACCAUCUUGGGCACCUCGCCCAAAACGAAAGGUUCUGCUGCGGCGGCGGAAGAUGCAGACGAACGCGUCCUCCUCGAACUCUUCCCGCCGACGUCCCCCUUGGCGUCGGAAUGGCUCGACGGCCUCCUCAUGCUGCUGAACCAGCAGCCCAUUACGAAGGAUACGACGUCGCUGAUUGAGAUGAUGGAGGACUGGGGCGUGAGGUUGCGGAUGCUGAAUUUGAGGUGGGAGGAUGUGGAUUGGGAGGCUUUGGAGAUGAGUGUUAAGGGGGAUUUGGGGGGUGGGGGUGGUUCUGAUGGUGUAGGGGGGAGGGAGGUGCCGAGUCGGGAGGGGGUUGAUGAGCCUUAUUGGUUUGCGUUGCCGGAUGAGGUGGGGGGUUGA